GAUGGUUUAGGGGCGGAGCUAUGUAUAACAGCUGCAGCAGGCUGCUGGUCAGGUCCCUGCUCUGUGCAUCUCCAGCCAGGCCGGCAGCACCAUGAUGAGGAAACAGAACAUGUCUUCAGAGCAGUUUGAAACGUUACAUGAGCUGUUUAAGGGGCACUAUGAGCAUCUGCAGAGGCUGCCCCCAAAGCUGGAGACCUGCUAUGGAGAGCAGUACAAAAGUCUUCUCCGAGAAUUUAAUGACAAACAGCUAGAAGCGAAUGACAUGCUGAUACAAAUGGAGGAAGAAUUAAAAGGUGCACCAAUGCCGUUCCAACACCAGAUGAUGAGCAAGCUGCGUGUAUACAAGAGAGGCCUCGUGGAACUGCAGACGGACGUAAAGAACCUCGCUCGGAGUAGCGGACUGUCUGCCGGCGACAGCCGGAAGAGGGGUUACAGUAUGGAGAAUGAGCAGAAUACGGCUAUGCAGUCACAAAGAACGUUGCUUCUCCAAGGCCACGAGAGCCUGAACAGAACCACGGACAGUAUAGCCAGAUCCCACUAUUUAGCUGCUGAAACGGACGCCGUUGGCCGGGACAUUGUAGAGGAACUGGGUGGACAGAGGGAGCAGCUGGAACGGACAAAGGGACGGUUGGUGAACACCAGUGAGAAUCUGAGUAAAAGUAGGAAGAUCCUGCGCGCUAUGUCCCGGAAAAUUGUGACAAACCGACUUCUGCUGGUCAUUAUCAUUGUUCUUGAACUCGCCAUUCUUGCUGGUUUAGUCUACUAUAAAUUCUUCCGCAAAUCCUGAGCCUCUGCAGCCGAUGCCACAUAAAGGCCAUUGUACAGCUCCAUACUACACACUCUGUUCUACAUUCAUUCCUGGAAAUCUCAGGUGAAGACGCAUCGGGAGGUCUCUCCGCACAUGGACGUUAAAUCUGCAUGAAGCGCAAGGUUUUCUCAUGUCCGAACUGAUCACAUUAAAUGCUUCACUAAAAGUAUUACCAGACGAGAAUGUUCAAUUCCCAGUAAUUAGUAUAUUAUUAUUAUUAUUAUUAAUCUUCUAAACGGUUACUGAUUGUUUUUUUUACUGUUGAUCAUACUGUAUAACGUAUUUAUGUAUAAUUGAAGUGACUACACACCGCUCUCCGUACCAGAGAUGUAUUAUAUAAAUGACACUUUACAGACUUUCCAA